CGAGGACGAGUCUAGGGACUCUACCACGCCCAAUCGCGGUCGUCCGCGCCGCGCGCCGUCUCACUCUCGUACGCGCGUACCGGCGAGGGCAGACGUGCCGUGUGUCCUUCUCCGCGCCGGCUCCCGUUUCCUCCACCACUCCAGCCUCUCGUGCCUCGCGCCUCGCCGCCGCCGCCGCCGCCGCCGCCGCCGUCGUCGCACACGCCAGUCAGUCGGUUUUUGUCCAUCGCACGAGGUGCGUCGUGCGCGGCGACCUAACGCCGCCAACGAGGGAGCGACUGAACGGGCUUCACGCGACACACGCACAGUGAGACGGAAUCGCUCUCAUCAAGCGGACGUACGCACGCACGCACGCUCGCUCGCUCCGGUGUCCGGUGUCUCGUGUGCCGCGACGACGUCCCGCGUCAUACCGACGAGCACGCGUUCCCGAAGGCAGGCGCGUUUCUCGCUCUAUCUCUUUCUACCGAGGGAAGGAGGGGAAAGAAGAGGCGCACCUCGUGGGCCCGUGCGGCGGAUCGUGGCCGCGAGACCGGAGGCGCGCGGUCGGUCGCCAUUGUGCUUUCCUCUUGUCGCCGAUAUAUACGACCGCGCGUUGUCUGUCAGCCCGAGUGCUCAGUGCCGACUUAUACCGGGUGAACCCGGAGCGAGAGGGAGGUGUACGCGUGCCGCAGCUCGCCGCCGGCUAGCGCACCGUCGAAGUGCCACCCGCUCUGCUUGUCGCCGCCUGCCGCCGUCGUCGUCGUCGUCAUCGUUAUCAUCAACAUUAUCAGCAGCAUCAUCAUCGUCGCCAGAGGAUGCGCGUGCACGGGAGCGAGCCCGCGAGGCGAUCCGCGCGAGUGACGCGUCGGUGAACGCGUGAAGAAAAUGAAAUGCGCGAGGAGGAGAGGAGCCAUUAGGAAUCCGCCGCUCUCGGCGAAUGUCAUUCACCCUGCGUGUGCACCAUAAGAAGAAGAAAAAGAAGAAGAAGAAGAAGCGCAGAGAAGAAGAAGAAGAAGAAGAAGUAGCACCGUCGCGGAAGAGAAGUUGGAGCGAAUGAAAGAGCACGCCUUCGCCUUCGUCCUCACCGUCGGGGCAAGGAUCGACGGAAUGUUCGAUUGAGGAAGAGUCGGACCGAUCGCCGGACGAUCGUUAAACGCGCGGGCUCGAUAGCGAGGAUGAUCACGGGAGAUCCCGCCAUAAUCGACGAGCGUCGAUUAUGCGAUCGACGCGGACGGGCUUGAGCAUCGAUCGACCGAUCUAAUUCCGGAGUUUCGCUGGAGAUCCACGAACGGCGAUAAAGCUCGGCCGUUGGCUUCGCCUAUUAGGAGAUAAAAGGAAUCCCGAACUGAUGAAGUUACCCACCAAUUAAUAGAAUCGGGGAUCCUCGCGAUGCGAUCUGAAUUCUCUCGAGGUUCAGCAACGUCGCUCCGCACCACCGGGACUACUCAGCCUUAAUUAGCCUAAUUGCCGAGCGAGAGAGAGAGAGAGAAAGAGAGAGAGAGAGAGAGAGCGAAAUUUCGAAAUUGCAAAAUUCUAAGAGCCAGUCGCUGUUUUUCAAGGGACCACCUUCGAGGGGCAAGAACGACGCGCGGUCCCCGGUUCGAGGCGUUCUCUCCCGGGAGGCGAAUCGAUUUCAAAUGAGUCCAGGCCGUCGAUCGAUCGAACGGAGCACCGUCUGACGCAACACUGAGGUUCGCGGGUCGCGUUCGUACACGCGGAGAAGAGACACGCGGAUCCCGGUGAUUCUCGGCGAAAGGGGGACCCCGAUCCGUGGAUCCCGGUAGUGCCCGCGGGGACGCAGAUGGGAGCUUGCUUGAUAGAAGUCCCAUUGACCCCGUGCGUUGACAACAAUCGAACGUGUUCCCCGCGAUCGACCUCACGACCGCCGCCCCGUCCCCCGCCGACGACAUCGCCCGCCAACGCCGCCGUCGAUCACGAGGCCUCUUCUUCUCCCAUCCGAUUCGGUCGUGCAAAUCCGAUCAAGCUGGAAUUGAUGGAGUUGGAGAAUAUCGUGGCGAACACCGUGUACCUGAAAGCAAGAGAAGGCGGUGGUGACAGCAACAAGGGAAAGAGUAAGAAAUGGCGGAAGAUACUUCAGUUCCCACACAUUUCCCAGUGCAUCGGCCUAAAAGAUAAACUGGACAUCAGGUACGGUUAUGUGGUGGACCAGCAACCGAUUGGACGGCUGCUCUUCCGACAAUUCUGUCAGGACAAAAAGCCGGCCUACCAUCGCUACAAUCUUUUCCUGGAUGCGAUCGAGAAGUAUGAGAUCGAGCUGGAUGAGAAUCGCAUUGAUCUGGCGAAAGAGCUGUUCGAGCAGUACCUGAAGCGGGAGGGUUCGGAGGUGAUCGACAUCUUGAACGACUCCCUGAUCUCGCAGUGCGAGGAGCGACUCAGCACCGGCGGCAAGGAGCUUUUCACCGAGGUCGCGCAGACUGUGAAGAACUUCCUGGCCGGCGAACCGUUCUCGGCCUUCCUCAGCAGCUUUUACUUCUACAGGUACCUCCAGUGGAAAUGGCUGGAGGCGCAACCAGUGACGUACAAGACCUUCCGAAUGUAUCGGGUGCUGGGUAAGGGCGGCUUCGGCGAAGUCUGCGCCUGCCAAGUGCGAGCCACUGGUAAGAUGUACGCUUGCAAAAAACUGGAGAAGAAGCGCAUCAAGAAGCGGAAGGGCGAGUCAAUGGUGCUGAUUGAGAAGAACAUCCUGCAGAAAAUCAACUCGAAAUUCGUCGUCUCGCUUGCAUAUGCGUACGAGACCAAGGACGCGCUCUGUCUCGUGCUGACCAUCAUGAACGGCGGUGAUCUCAAGUUCCACAUUUACAAUAUGGGCGGUGAGCCGGGUUUCGACAUAAAUCGCGCCCGAUUUUACGCGGCCGAGGUGGUGUGCGGUCUGGAGCAUCUUCAUCUUCAGGGUAUCGUCUACAGAGACUGCAAGCCGGAGAACAUACUGCUGGACGAUCAUGGUCACGUAAGGAUAUCUGAUCUCGGUCUAGCAGUGGAGAUCACGGAGGGCGACAUGGUGCGUGGUAGAGUUGGCACGGUAGGCUACAUGGCGCCUGAGGUGAUCGACAACGAGAAAUACACCUUCUCGCCGGACUGGUUCAGCUUCGGUUGCUUGUUGUAUGAGAUGAUCGAGGGUCAAGCGCCGUUCCGCGCUCGUAAGGAGAAGGUCAAGCGCGAGGAAGUCGACAGACGCGUUAAGGAGGAUCAAGAGAGGUACUCACCCAAGUUCAGCGAGGAUGCCAAGAGUCUGUGCCAGCAGCUGUUGAAGAAGAGCCCGAAGACCAGGCUCGGCUGCAAAUGCAGCCGGCAUGGAGCAAAGGAGGUGAAGCUCCAUAGCUUCUUUCAGUGUCUAAACUGGAAGAGGGUCGAGGCCGGUAUGUGGGAACCCCCGUUUGUGCCGGAUCCUCGAGCGGUUUACGCUAAAGACGUUCUGGACAUUGAGCAGUUCUCCACGGUGAAAGGUGUCAAUUUGGACGCCACGGAUGACACCUUUUACAGCAAGUUUAACACCGGCAGCGUGUCCAUUCCAUGGCAAAAUGAGAUGAUAGAGACUGAGUGUUUUAAGGAACUGAACGUAUUAGGUCCUAACAACACACCUACUCCAGACUUAUUGAUAAACCAUACACCGCCUAACAAUGAUGACAGAGGCUGUUUUCCUUUUCGGAGAAAGAGAAAACAAAGUGAUCGCACGAGGGAGAUUCCGCUGUCGGAGUGCCACUUGUUGGAACUGUCGCAGACACAGAGCUCGGAAAUGCCAGUCAGCUGAUCCUCGGUGAACAAGAAUAACAGUUUGAAUCGAUUGACGUCGUCGCCAUUUCGACGUUGCCGUCAUCCCGAUAUUACUGAUAGAGCGCGUCCGGGUGUCGCUGGUUACGGCUGCUGCGUCAAGAACAAGUCGAUCUCAUUUUCUCUUUCGGCACCCGAAACCACGGCAAUCGUCCCUGAAAAUGGCUGUAGGGCUCAGGUUUAUUGGGGUAAGAUCAAAGAUCUGCCUCCAGUCAAAGCGUACGUUCGCGCGCGCGUACAGCUACGCAUAUGCAGCAAGCAAACGCAACAUACAGAAGCCAGACAUAUUGUAUGCUUCUGUCAAAUUCGAAUGACACGUUCGUUACCAAAUAUAUUUUUCUCGAGCUCGAACGCGGGAAUGCUCGACGUACACUUUUGCACAUCCAUCAACGUGUACCGACGUGUUUUAUCGAGCUUUGAUGUGUCCCGAUUCACGAGUCGCGGGCGAGAGAAAAUUUAGAGCGAUAUGUAGAUAGACGAUUGUGUCACUCAUAGGGCGAUUACGUGGCGCAUGUAAUAUUCUGAAUGCGACGGAAAUUUGAUUUUCAGAAUGUGCAGCCAACGUAGCAGCAUUUUAUUUCUCGUUUAUUCGUUUAAUCGUAAAAUGGCGCACGAAAUUUUUAAUUUUAAAGUUUUGGUCUUAUUUUAGUUGAGUAGACGAACGAAUACAUUUAAGUGUACAAAUGUACAAUUUGCAAAUACUUCGAUGUACUUACAAAUCCUUUUAAAUCAAUGAGUGCAAAAAUUUUAUUUAUAUUAAUUUUCAGAGCGUUUUUCUCUUAAGAUCCUUAUUUCGUAUCGCUUUACUCUUAGUAAUUGAGAACUUGUUGCCAUCCCAUCAAAAAAUUGUGAGUAUUCUGCAAUUUGAUUAUUUAUAUCCAAAUUGCUCUUACUGUGCUUUUAAGCUACUUCCCGAGAAUCUCGAGAUGAUCGGCGUUUGCUCCGUCAAUUUUUAGGUCAUCAAUGAUCCCUACAAUAUUCAGUAGAGUCGUGCCUGUCAAAAGCAAGUGAGCUAUGUGGCCAAGAACUUCGGUCGUAGCUGCAUUUGCACUUCUAUGAUUUAUGAAUGCGCGCGAUAGGGUCUAGGAUAGAACUCGUGGAGGCUGAAAUAGAAUAGGAAGAGCUUCUAUGCGAGCGAUAACAAGCGCGCACGUGGAACGGAUGGGUCGUAAAGAGCACGUGAAGAGCACGGCGUCCCAUCUCGCCUGCUCACCCGUACGUUCUCGCGUAUCGCGACAUUAAGCUACCGGCAAACGGAUACCCGAUACUACCUCGAGGCAAAUAAACACUCGCGUACACUCACGCGUUUAUAAACGUUAACCUGAUACAUAUAUCUGGAGGUGGCAAAUGCAGAGGCAUGUGCACACGAUGCAGCGAGCUGAUGGCGCCGAGAUGAUGCUACGAGAUGCCUAAAGUUGCGGCAAGUGAAUUAGUAGCAAAGUAUAUUAUUGCAUUGCUAAAUGGAGGCAUUAGAUAAGUACGAUAAAAUGACGAAUGAUAACCUCACGAUAAAAUGUUUCCGGAUAUAUAAUGACACUAUCACAAUAUGGCAACAUGUAUUAUUAAUAGUAAGAAUAAUUUUCAUCUCAGACGCCGUUGAGACACGCUGUAUAAAUUGAGUCUGCGAGCGCGGAUUGACGUUACGCGUCUUAAGGCUGGGCAAACAUCCAGAAACUAAGGAAUAAAGGAUAACAUACGAGAAUUGCAUCUGUCGACAGAUUGCACUUUCGCGAGACCGCAUUACGAUCGAGCGUUACAUCCCACAUCUUUUACGACCGUGACUUGAAAAUAUUCUAAUAGUUUUAUGCCAGUUUUGGUGCACUCUAUCACAUUAUCUUGACACAAGAAAUUUAUUUUACGAUUAGUCCAGUAUUCGAGCUAAUCUAAAUAUGAUGAUUUAAUUUUAAUUAUAAAAUUAAAUUUCUGAUAAAAAUCGUAGAUUGAGAGGAAAGAAUCUAUUAUUAAAAUUGAUUAAUAUUCUUUACCCUGCCUAUCAAAGUUUUUAUCUUUUUUGAUUGUAUCUGUCUUAUAAGAUACUUGAAAUCUCAAUGACAUUUUAGUUUCUUUAUUACAUGUCGCGUUAAAUCCUCGCACGUGUACUUAAGAAAACACUGUUCGUGAAACGAACGAGAAGCUCUUACGAAUCAAAUUAACGGGCACACUCGGUCAGUUCGUGAGCAAUUUGGCCGUUCUCCAAUUGCGAGUCGUGUGCCAACGAUUCGAGUUGAAGACUUUGCUUCUGGCAGACAGUCGUCGCGGGUCACUGUGGCGAAAACGUCACCUUCCUUUGAUUCGUCUCGUAAAUCAGAAUGUGCGAACGCCGAUGCACUCGAAAUUCUUAAUCUCAUCGAGAAUCUCUUGUGAAACCCGACCCUGCCGUCUAAAAUAAUUACGAAGUAUCGAUCGACGUCAGACAAAAAUAAUGAAUAAGGAAACUUUAUUUUUACUUUAACGUUUUGCGCGUUACCUAAUUUCGCGAUAACGAAUUUCCAGUCAUUUAUGAAGGGAUUUAUAGGGAUUAACUCGAUGACUGCUGUAUCAAGUGAAUACAUUGUACGCAAUUAGUCUUGGAAAUUUGUUAUCAGACAGAGUAACUUCUUGUCGAGGAGUUACAAAGAUGAGUAGACAAAAUUAUUCAAUUAAAAUAAAUGUUUGAGAAGAGCCUUGUAGAUUUAUAAGCGACACAAGAAAGCGUUAAAUUUCUCGUUUUUGUACGUCUUUUUUUACUCGUAUAGAAUCGGUGUAUUGUUGGAAAGAGAGACGCACAAACGGUAGCUGAAAUAAGUUCACGCGCACCUAUAGUUUCAUGUGAAUUAAUGAGAAAUAUUCGAGACUUUUAAGAUCGAAUUCGUAGAAUUAACAAGUAAAAAGAAACUUAGAUUAAUUUUCGUAGAUUGAAUGAAAGAUUCUAUAUUUAUUACUACGAUUAUUAUAUGCCGAACUAAUGAACGGAAUUUAAUUGUUAUUAUUAAUUACAAUGUUAAUUGUUGUUGCAAUAUUUGAUGAGACGCACAAAUUACGCCUAAUGUUGGCCUUGUGAACAAUACUCCGAACAAAUUUCUCUUCAUAGCUUUGUAAAAGUAAUUAUUUUUAUGAUCACACUAAAAUAAGCAAGGCUUAAUUUAUGAGGUUCGACAAUAGUUAAAGAAUGGAGGUCAAAUGUCUCUUAAAUAGAUGUCAGGAAAAUUUAUUAUUCUUACGCAUUUUUAUAUAUUUUCUUUUUUAUUUAAUAUUGAAUUUUUUACUUAUAUUUUAAAUACAAGUAAAAAAAAGUUAAACAGGUAUUAUACAUGCAUAAAAAUAUUAAAUAUUGACAUAUCAUAUUUUAAGAAAAUAUUAAAAAAGCGAUUCUAUAUUUCAUUCAAGUUCUUGUACAUACAGAGAACUCAAUAUACAAGUUUAAUAAGCGAUACUUCUACAAAUGUGAGAUUUAAAAAUUACUUUCUUUUAUGAUAUUUUUCGGAAUAAUAUUUUUGACACUUGGCGGACAUUUGACGUUUAUUUCUUAAUAUCCGUAACAUCGGAUUCAUUUAAAUAAGAAGAUGCAUGUUUAGCAGAACGAUGAUUGACUGAAUGAUUUAAGUUAGCCGGUAAUUAAAUUUCCUCGACGUCAAUAUGGCCUCAAAUCAUCGAUACAUGUAUCGUACCUUGCACAUAAUCUAUGUGGCAAACACUAUUCUAUCUGCAAUUCUUCGAAUAUUGGUAUAUAUUGCGGUGAAGUAUAAAUAAAAAAGGAGACAUUUUUGCAAUAGCGCAAAACACUUUUUGGAUAAAUCAUACUAUAUUGCACAAAUUUUUUCGACAUGAAUAUGAAAGUAUUAUAUUCGCCAAACACAAAAAAACAAAUCUGUUUAAAAAAAAUUUGUUAAACAAUUUUGAAAACCAAUAUUUAAUAAUUUAUGAUCUAUAUAUGUACAAUAGAUUAUAAAUUAAGUAAUCAUUACUGAAUUUCACAGAAAUGAAUUUCUGCCACAAUUUGUUCUAAUUUGUUUAUUUUCGGAGAAAUACUUGGUUACUUGGAACUUAGGUUACUAAUAAAAUUACUAAAAAUUAGCGAAUAAUGUACAAUUUACAAUUUUUGAGCGUGUUAUCGAUUUGUAGUUGAUUUAUUCUCUUUACCGGCAACGUACGAGUUUACUCUUUAUUGUAGAGAAUUUGUCAUUAUCUUUUAACUGUGAUUUCUUGAAGUGUCCCGUUUAAUCUCGUUGUUAGUAUACUGAACAUUUCAGGAAUAUUUUUUUAAGGCGUUACUUCCUAUCGUUUUAUACAUUGUUCUUUCAUUGUAAGACGUUACAUACCUAUCAUUUUGCAUUAGUUAUAUAAUGAUGCGAGUAAGGGAGAUAAGGAUUCUACUAUCCGUCGCGAGAUCUACUUGUAGAUAAUGAUGUCCAACCACUAUACAUAUUCACAAGAAGAAUACCAAACUAUUUAAUAAUUUUUCUAAGCAUAAACGCGCAACACUCCCUUAUUCCCAUAGAAACAUACAUAUAUUUUUCUGUCUGUGUAUGUAGCGUAGAUAGGUAGGAAUAUGAUAGACUGCUGAAUACACUUUUGCAAAUAGUGUUCGUUUCUCUUGUACAAUUCAUAUUUAAAUUAUUAUGGAUCUGUGUAAGCAUUUCAUUUAUGCGAUUCUAUAUACAUACAUAUAUACAUAUAUAUAUAUAUAUAUAUAUAUAUAUAUAUAUAAAAUUCAUGUGUGCGUGAGAGAAAAAGAAUGUAUGUGUGUAUGUGUGUGAGUUACAUGGAAAUAUGUGUAUGAAAUAUAGUUAUUUAAUUUGAUCCAAAAUUUCGAAACAUAUAUAAAUCAUAGAGAGUAUUUAAUCUAUAUAUACAUGUACAUAAUAUUUUCUGUGAUUAAAAUCUCAUCGAAACUAAGUAUCGGAUCACAUUAAAUAACUCUCGUUUCCUGAUUAUUACAUAAUCAUUCGGACGUGAAUUCUCUCGUCAAUCCAGUUCGAGGCCAGAUCUUAAGCGAGUGAUGAUCAUCAAUGAUAAAGUGAUUAAUGACUAAUGGCUAAUAAUUAUAACGUUAAAUUAACGGCUAAGGUGAUGGGUACGUUCCCAUACGCAUUCAUAUUCGCCGUGUCGCGCUACAGUCAUCGUUCGAUAGUCAUUCCAUCCUAUCACGCGUAUAACACAUCUUUAUUCUACGAAAUAAAAAAAGAAUCCGAAAAAAAAAUUAUUAUUAGACGAUAGCUAAAUAAGUAUGUCGCUUGUCCGUGUCUAUCAAGCGUAUACGUGGAAGAAUUUUGAAGUGAGCUAGGAAUAUUUGAGGGCAUGCUUCCGUCACUAUCAGAUCGGAGACGAUUGAUGUAGAUUUGCCGGUGGCGAUUGUUCUGAUCUCGCGAAAUGCGAACGAGAAAGAAAGAAUUUAUAAUCGUCCGAUCGCGCGUCUAUUUCGAUAUGGCGUGAUAGUUUUGAGUACCGUGCGGUCUCCAAAUGUGCCAGUAAUUUAGGACUGAUCGACAUAGAUAGAAAAAAAAGAUGUACCACUCCUAUUAUUGUUUUAUAUUAUAUUUUAUACAUCUUAUUCUCGGAUAUUUUUCUUUCUGUGUGACCCGCAAUUUUGCGCGCCGUUGAAUGAGAGAUCGAAAACCCCGUCAUUAGCAGUAUGAAACGAUAAAUCGCGAAAUUUCGAAUCGAUAUCGCGACACUCUUCCGCACACUAAAUAUAAACAAUUUGUCAAUGAUUUUCAUAACUGCUUCCUACUUAUAUCAAUGGAUAACAUUACACGAGGAAGCUGACAACACAGUAAAAAUCAUUUUGUAUUUGUAUUAAAAUUAGUUUUUGU